AUGCCCGCCGACAGCCACAUCGGCCAGCCCGCCCUCGAGCCUGCCGCCUCGCCCGUCGCCGUCGCCGCCGACGCCGAGCUCGUCUCGCCGCCCACGGUCCAGUCGAGCGGGUGGAGCCGCCUUCCUCGCGAGUUGAGGGAGACGGUCGUCGACGACGUCGGGCGCAUCAUCGAGGACGAGGGCCGCCAGAGCGAGAUCUACUCGCUCGAGCCUGUCGCCGUCGGGUUCUUCGAAACCGAGGCCGCUCGUCGCGACGAUCUGCACCAAGCCCGAGUCGAGAAGCGCCGCGCCCUCGAGCGCCUGAGUGCCGUCAACCGGGACUUUCACUCGCUCUCCGUGCCGCACUUUUGGCGGAGCAUCGCGCUCGUCCACGAGAACAUGUGCAUCGAGCGGCGCCUCUUGGACAUCUUGCCCGCGCGAGCGAUGCACGUUCGCUUGUUCACGGGCAAAGUCGGCUGCGUCUCGUUGGGCACGUUGGGCGAGGAGGAUCGGAUCGAGGAGCACGAGAUCGCGAUGCGGGCUCUGCGUUCGUGCAAGAACGUCCGCCUCGUCGACCUCGACUUCGAGUACUGCGACUUUCCCGACUUCGAGAUGCCCGCCGUCGAGUACUUGGCGCUCCGGGGCUUCACGUACAUCAUCACGUUCGACCUGUACCCGGGUUUUGCCAACUUGACGUCGCUCAAGCUCGCGGACAACGAGGACGGUUCUCACGGGAGCGACUUCCUCGGCCACGUCGUCCUUCUGUCGUCGCUCAAGCACCUGUUCAUCGACACGCACAUCGGCGACUCGUUCUUCGAGGAGGCCCUCGACCUGAGCGCAGACGGCCAUGCGGUGGCGCGUCUCGAGUCGCUCGAGCUGCAAAGCUCGGGAACGACUAUCUCGUACGAUCCGCUCCACGCGCGUUCCACCUCCCGCACCUCCACUCCCUGUCCCUGGCCACGGCCUUCUCGCCCCACCUCUUCCACCAGUUCACCUCGCAGCACAUCCCUCUCCGCCUCCUCGUCGUCGGCGACUGCCCCUUCCUGUUCGAACGACGUCGAAGACCUCGUCACCCUCCUUCACGCCCACCCGGCGACGCUCGAGCGGGUCCACAUCGCGUCCGCGACGUCGCUGUCGGACUACGACGACCUGUCGUUCGCCUGUCCGGCCCUUGGCGUCGACCACUGGAUCAAGGACCCCGAGGAAUGA